AUCAAUGCACUGAGUUCUUUCACUUUUUCUCUGUGGGAAAGCACACAGCCAUCUGCCUCUCAGUGGAGACGGCCACAACUUAAUCCAGAUUAUGGCUGCAGCAUAAACGCUUUUUUUUUUUUUUUUUUUUUUGGCCACCAUUCCUAGUCAAUAGUGUGUCCUUGAUAGCACAGACAGGCAGGUCGGUUAGCCUACCUCCAAACAGACCUAACCACUAAAAAUUCAAGGACCUCUGGAACUGGAAACCAAGGAGUUUAAGCAAAAUAUUUCAACUUGACAUUCAGUUACAGACUCCAGUGGUGUAAAAAUGGCCUUCUUAAUCAAAAGUAUGGUCGGAAACCCAUUGAAAGGAAUGGGUCUUGGAGGAGGAGAGGAGAAAGCAGAGGAGGAGACCCCCAAGGACCCCGCAGCAGCCGCCGGCAUGACCAGAGAAGAAUAUGAGGAAUACCAGAAGCAGGUGGUGGAGGAGAAGAUGGAGAGAGAUGCAGAUUUCUUGCACAAGAAAGCAGAGAGGGCCACUCUGAGGGUGUGUUUACGAGAUAAAUACCGACUUCCAAAAAGUGAGCAGGAUGAUAACAUGAUUCAGAUGGCGGGAGAUGAUGUUGAUGUUCCCGAGGAACUGCUGAAGAUGGUAGAUGAGGAUGCUACGGAGGAAGAAGAGAAAGACUCCAUCAUGGGGCAGAUUCAGAACUUACAGAACAUGGACAUGGAUCAGAUAAAGGAGAAAGCCUCUGCCACACUCACAGAGAUGAAAUCCAAGGCUGAGGAGAAGUGCUCUGUCAUGUAGUGAUUUAAAAUAUAUAUAUAUUCAUUUCUCCCUCCCCAGUGAUGAAUUGCUGUUGAAGUUGUCUGGAUAAGCCAUUUCAGAAUAUAUCACCUGAGUUUGCUUGUCUGGGCUCAGUUGUGUCUUUACAUAUCAAUGAGAUAUUUUUCAUUACUUAGGUCAUAAUAUCUGACUAAAGAUCAGUUUUAGGGUGUUAACUUUUUCUUUGUUUCCAUGAGUUUGGGGGAAAACAAUUCCAAAUGUUUGUUGUUUGAAUAAAGGAUGUUAUAGUUUUCACCCUCCUUUUUUUUUUGGCAUUCUUUUUUUUCCCACAUUACUAUAAUCACAACAGCUGUUGAAGUUGAUUUUAAAAAAUGAAGUGGAUUUUUUAAUUUUUUUAUGUUAUUGAGUUUUAUUUUAUUUUACUGUGUUUAAUUUUUGUUCAUGGUAUGAACAAAACAUGGCUAGUAUUCACAAAAGGCUCUCUGAGAUAAUGGCUGGUUCUACAGUGUUGAAAUCUGUGAAAUGUAGCUGUUAAUAUGGGGUCAAGCAAGUAGCUACAGCUCUUUUUUAAUUUCUAUCAAACAUAUAAUUACUUUUUAAACAGAGACAGAAAAACUCUGUUUAAAUGCCCUUCUUGUUUUUUGCACAAGGGAUGAGAUAAAUGUGAUGCUUUUAAUUUUUAAAAAUUUUUUUUACAGAAGACAAUCUAGCAUUGACACAUGCGAUAUUGUACUGCUUAUUAGGAUUCUUUUAUGUAUUGUCAUUAACUUGUGUUGGUAGACAUGAUAUGUCAAGUGUAGGUUUGAUGUCUCAUAUGCAAAAGAAUGAAUAAAACAGACAACAUAACAUCUUGAUUAUUUUGCAACAUUUGUGUUGCUUGAUGAUGAGGAAAGUCUAUCUAUCUCUCUGUCUGUCUGUCUGUCUGUCCCUUCCAUCCAUCCAUUUAAUUAUCAGAAUAUAACAUCACAGUAGCGUAACACCUCUAAAUAUAAAAACAUAAAUGACAAAAAAAAAAGGUGCUCAUUGAUGUCACAAUGGCAUCAGUGAUGUUAACUGACAGUCCUAGUAGGAUAAAUAAAUGAAUUGACCUAUUCCUACUUUUCUGAUUCUUAAUUUCCACAUUUGUAUUUAUUACACAUGCUAUUUAUCUUAGAUUGUGGUGAUUGUUAGCCUAUGAUUUGUGUGUGUGUGUGUGUGUGUGUGUGUGUGUGUGUGUGUGUGUGUGUGUUUCUUUGAGUAAAUCUCAGAAUACCAACAUUAUCUAUUGUAAUUAGGGAAAAGCCAAGCAGUUGAAAGGAUUUGAGCUGUUUUGGAUAGAGGGGGAAAGUGUGUAAUCCCCUCAAACCAGCGUGUGUCCUGCGGAUUAUCAGACUGCUGUCAAUCAUUUUUCGGAGCUAAUUACACGUAUCCAUUCGUACGCUUGCUGCGUGAGAUCAUGUUUUGUUCAUGUUACAAAAUCCUCACAUGACCCAAACCACUCUUACCUAAAGUAGUUUUUGGUGGAGAUUUAUUUGCAGUUUUAUCGUGGAAUUUCAAAGUUCCAGAGCUCCACAAAAAAAAAAAAAAAAAAAAAAAAAAAAAAAAAGUUAACCUAAAAA